UGUGGCACUCUGGUACGAGUCCAAGCAACCUGAGGCAAUAACACACUGCAUUAAAACCAGAGAAGAUAGAAGCAUGAGGACAUCAGGAGUCUGAUCUCUGUUUAAAGUCAGACUGUUCUGACUUCACUCGUCGUCGUCGUCAAGAGCGCAGCAUGUGAGAUGAUGAAGAUUUGGAGAUUUCUGAAUGAUAAAUGAGUUUCAUUAAAUGAAUAAACAGUGAGUCAACAAAGAGUCGUAUGUGAGCGUUGUGUGAAGUUGCAGUAUGUCCAGGGAAACCACAGAUUUUGCAAGCAAUGCCACAAUGAUGCCUCGUAAUCGAGUGUGUUUUGAAACUGACUUCGAAACGUAGAUGAGGAUUUUGUUUUAAAAGCCACGCAGUGUAGCCGUCACUCUCUAUGAACUAAACCAGGAUUUAUUCACACACUCAAGCUCAAUGGCUGACCCCAUUCCCAUCCCCAUGCUGAACAUCCUCCCACCGUCAUCAGAUAACGACUCCUGGUCUCCGUCACCGAGCCCGCUUUCUCGUCGGCGCCGGAAUUGGGACGCAAUCGGCAAGAAACGCAGAACCCGAGCUCAGCAGGAGGACAACCUGGGAGAUGGGGACAGGACCAGGAGCAAGAAAAACGAGAAGAUGAAGGGGAAGAACCACUCGCCUGUCAGUGUAGAAGGGGAGGGUCUUGUUAAGGAAUUGGCAAAUAACUCUGCUUCUUUCCUCCUGCCUCCAUCUCGUUGUUCCUCUCCGUGCACCAGGUCGUCUCGGUGGUCGCUACGCAGUUUUCUCUUGAAGGACUCAGACUGCGAAAGCUGCAGUACGGCCAGUAACUCUCCCCGCAGCACUCCAGGCAGUUCUCCCUCUCUACGGCGACGGGUGCUGGGUGGGCGGGCCAGCGAGGGCGAGGGGCAGAAUGAGCGCACCGGAGGGGGAGGAGCUGACAGCUCUUCACUGCCAACAGCCUCCUCCUCUUCCUCCUUACUCCCUACACCCUCUGCCUCUACCUCCAAUUACCCAAUCAGCUCACGGCACUUCACACGCAAUGCCAAGAAAAUGCAAAGCUGGUACAAUGUUCUCAGCCCUACCUAUAAACAGAGGAAUGAAGAGUUCCGUAAACUCUUUAAGAAACUGCCAGAAACAGAGCGGCUAAUUGUAGAUUAUUCGUGUGCUUUGCAAAAGGACAUCCUCCUGCAAGGACGUCUCUAUCUGUCUGAAAACUGGAUCUGCUUUUACAGCAACAUCUUUCGCUGGGAGACUACGAUCACCAUCCUGCUAAAGGACGUGACCAAUCUGUCAAAAGAGAAAACGGCUAAACUCAUUCCAAAUGCCAUCCAGAUCAACACUGAGCAGGACAAGCACUUCUUCACCUCUUUCGGAGCUAGGGAUCGCAGUUUCUUGAUGAUUUUCAAAUUGUGGCAGAAUGUACUAAUGGACAAGACGCUGUCUCCUAAAGAACUUUGGUACAUUGUACACCAGUGUUAUGGCACAGAGCUUGGGCUAACAAGUGAGGACGAUGAUUACGUCUCUCCCACCAGUGAGCACGUCAACGGCCUACUUCCAGCUGAUGAUUCUUCCUCCGAUGUGAUGGAUCCAUCCUCAGCCUCGGCAGCACCUGGAUCUUCUCCUCUAUCCUCGUCUUCCUCUUCCAUUCAGCCAGCAGAGGUUCAGCCAUCGAAACAGAACGCAGAGUCUGAGCCAACUCCAAAUACACACUCUAUCACACACGCUACACCCCCUGCCUCCAUCACUGCUGCUGCUACAAAUUUGGAGGAAGGUGGGCAGGACGGUCAGACGGAAGAAACUGAACAGGUGGCACCGGUGGCUCACGUGUCAUCACUGGAGAUGACCAACGACGAAGAGCUUCCCACUGACCCGAGCAACUCAUCUGACACGCAGGAAGAGAGUGAGGUGGAGUUGUUCUGUGGUGAUCUGCGAGGUCGGCUCCACAUUAACACCGUGGUGAGGAUGAGUGUGGACAGACUGUACGAGCUGCUCUUCUCUGACACACACUUCCUGCAGCACCUCUUCACCCAGCGCAGCUUCACUGAUCUGUCAGUACAGGAGUGGCAGAAAGACAGCAGCAGUGGGAUCAGCACUCGAGUUUUAAGUUACACCAUCGCCAUUAACAACCCCCUUGGCCCUAAAACAGCCCCUGUGGUAGAAACACAGACUCUCCAUAAGAGCAGUUCUCGAGGUGUGUGUUAUGUGGUGGACUCCGAGGUCAUCACGUCAGGAAUCCCGUACCAAGAUUACUUCUACACCGUACAUAGAUACUGUCUCACCUCUGUCAGCACACAGAAGAGCCGCCUCAGGGUCUCAUCAGAUAUCUGCUACAGGAAGCAGCCAUGGAGUUUGGUGAAGGCUCUGAUAGAGAAAAACACCUGGAGUGGCAUAGAAGAGUACUACAGACACAUGGAGAUGGAGGUGUGUAAGUUGGAGACUCUACUCCAGUCCCAGGUGGUGUGUGUGGGAGAAUCAGAAUUGGUUAAAGCUCCUCCCACACUGCGCAGGCGCAAACAUACCGGCUUGAAACGGGCAGAGGGGGCGGGGACUGGGGGUGGAGCUACUGAGCAAGGGGCUGCUGCUCAAAGGGAGCGCAGAGACACAGGUGCACAGUACCUGAAGGUGGGUGAGAGGUGGCGAGGUUCAGCAAACAACAAUAGCGUCACUCUUCUGCUCAUCAUCAGCUUCAUUCUGGUGGUUUUGGUAGCUCUGAACAUGAUGCUGUUCUAUAAGCUGUGGGCUCUGGAACGAGCCGCUCACACACUUGAGACGUGGCAGUCAUACUCACUGUCGGACAGUCCUCUCCCACAGUCAUCAUCUGAGUGGAUGAAGGUUCUGCAGUUACAGCGUCAGUUCCAUCAGGCACAACUGAACAAGUGGCAGCAGAUCCUACACUCAUCAGUCACACUGCUUGACCAGAUGAAACAGUCUCUGGAGAAUCUACACAGAGGAAUAAUUAGAUCUGAGGAACAGAAAGCUGUCGCUCCUCCUCCAUCUGAACCUCCCACAACAGACACACUAACUGAGCAGUGACACACACACACACACACACACACACACACACACACACACACACACACACACACACACACAGACCUUACAGCUGUUCUCUGAUCAGUAGACCGUGAUCAUGUGAUUGGGCAAAAUUACCGAGAAUGCUCAGUUUCUUCCACUGUGACUAACUGUGAAUGCAGCGCUGCCUUUCCUCAUGCCCUACACCCUACACCCUAAACCCUACACCCUACACCCUACACCCCACACCCCACACCCUACACCCAACACCCCACACCCUACACCCCACACCCUACACCCUAAACCCUACACCCUACACCCUACACCCCACACCCUACACAACACACCCUACACCCCACACCCUACACCCCAAACCCUACACCCCACACCCUACACCCCACACCCAACACCCCACACCCCACACACUACACCCCACACGCUACACCCUUACUUACUAAAGCAAUAAAUCAGUGGUGAUUUGGGACAGAGCCAAACUGUUCACUCUGAGUAGUGAUCUUCAAACUAGUACAUGAUCGCCACUGAAUCACUGUUACACACACACACACACACACACACACACACACAGUUUUAAAGGAAGAGGCGGGCCCUCAUACUUCAGAGCUUCUUCCUGUUUUUCUGGGAUCAAAGGUCACAGACCUUGCCCCCACAUGACCUACGGACUGAUGUUUUAUCUUCCUUCAGCAGAAUGAUCACUUCAUCUUGUAACGAUUACCCAGAAUGCUCAGCUGCAGCAUGCUUCAGUUUUUCUGCUGAACGCUUGGAACUUGACAGACGGUGCAAUCGAACCGCUUCAGUAUUUAUUUCUCUGACUGAAAAAAAAUCUUGUUUGGUGUGUGUGUGUGUGUGUGUGUGUGUGUGUGUGUGUGUGUGUGUGUGCGUGUUAAGACCACAACAGCAAUAAUCAUGAAGAGAAAAUGUGUGAUAUUUAUUAUGAAAGGCAGAGCUGCUUGUAUGUAAUGUAAAAACACUGUUACACUUAGUGACAGGGUCUGAAAUGAACUCCGCCUCCUGACACAGUGCCCAUUAAACCACUCCCACAUCGUCCUGGUGAUUUAUUCACGUGCCCACAAGAGUGACGUGAUGAGGAGCCACGAGCUUACUAUCUGUGCCUUUCCAGGACAGGAGACGUCACGGAUACAGGACUAGACCUGUAAUUAUUUAACAUCAUUAUGUCCUCCAGUCCAUAAGGAGGCGUAGCAGCAGACAUCAGACUUUUUUACAACCGCAGUAAUCAUCAGUAACGUUAGAAUAUUCUCAGGUUCUCUACAAAUCCAUUAAUGUUCCAUUUUAAUAGAUUUAAGAAGUUGAUUUCAGACCCUGCACUUCAGACCCUCUGUUUCUCUUAGUAUUAUAUUUAUUUGACGUUACAUCGAACAGCUCGGUGUGUCACAGUCUUCUGUCAUUAUUGUUGUAUUUUAUUGGAUCAAGACUUGAAGUGAUCAGGGUUACUGUAGAUCUGCAGGCGUGUCCAUCAUCACCAUAUUCACCCAGAAACGUCGACACGUCUCGCCUCUCGACCGCUGGCAGGAAUCACCACGAGAUGUUCGACUGAUUAUCUGUCAGAUCGUCUUCGUAAUUAUCAGACAUCUGAUUAAAGGUAUCACAAGUAGCUGAACCUCAAUCUGACAAACAGCAAAAUACCACUGUACAAACCAGAGAGUCUUUCAUUCUCAAAUAUUCACUUUGGUAUAAAAGUUUGUUAAACAUUAAAAAAGAUGUAGAUUUUGAAAGAAUUUGGAUUUUAUUGAACUUAGUUUCUGCCUAUGUUAUUAGACAACAUCUUUAGUGUUAUUCUUUUAUAGUUUAUUUAGUUAUUAUCCCUGAGCUCCUAUGUGAAAAGUGCAGAGUAUUUAUUAAGUGUGAUACGCACCGCCUCCCUGAGGUUUCAGAUGGUUGCUGGGUUUAACCAAUCCGGUUGUUUCUCUCAGCUGGUCUGCUCUGAUUGGCUGCUGGCAGUCACAGUGACACAAAGUGAGAGAGAUCGUUAACAACACCGCAGCAGUGGGACGAAAUGUCUAGGGAAAAAUGAAGAAAUAGCUAAUAACUCCAAAUUUGUUCACUGUUGCCAUGGUAACAGUUGUAUCCUGCCCCCCUGGAUUGGUGUAUCAGGUUCAUAUAGAACUGUAAAGAAAGAAAAUAUAUUCACUGAUAUUGUAAACCAUGAUUAUAUACGAGCCUGCUGUAGACGCAACCAUCUGGAAGUACACACACACACACAAAUACACACACACACACACACACACACACACAAUAAUAUUCAUGUUGCUGUUUAAACACUGAGGACCAAACAGAGUUUGGGGUCAAAGAGACGUCCCCCUGCUGUGUCUCUCUGCAUUUCACACAUUUUUGUACAAUUUUAGCUGCUGUGUGUGUUGUGUAUUUUUUUUUAGCAAUGAUGUCUGUUACUGCUGUUCCUUAUCCUGCACUCCUCUAUCCACAUCACACUUUUCUUCAUCUCUCUCUCUCUCUCUCUCUCUCUCUCUCUCUCUCUCUCUCUCGCUCGCUCUCUGUCUCUCUGUCUCUCUCUGUUGUAUUUAUUUGCUUUAGUCUGGAGGAGGAAGUGUGAUUUUGUUGUAAAGAUCUGAUUUGAAAGGCAAAACAAAUAAAAGUAGGACUUUAGGGAAAUGAAACAUCA